AUGCUCAGCGCGUUUGCGGCUCGACGUGCCCAAGCCACAGCCGAUGCAACACAGACUUCUGCAGAAGAGGUCGCACUGGCAAAACAAUCGACUGUAGCUCCUACUCCAACCUCGUUAAUUGCGAAAAGAAAACAGAAUCCCAGCAGCAAAUCUCCUCCCCCUUCGCGGAAGCGUAAAAAGGACAUCAAAACACAAGUUCAAGAUGAUGUCAUGAAUCUAGAGGAAAAACCAAUACAUUUGAGCUCUUCCCCUUUCGUACCAAGGGCAUACUCUCCCAGUGUUGCCGUCCUUCAUGAGUCGCCAUACGAUUUGGAGCCCGAAAGCGAGCAACUUCUUUCCACCUUCGUUCCGUCUUGGAACCAAAAUAUCUUUCCCUGUCAGAAAGAAAAUGGUGGCAUGGCCAUCUAUAUCAUGCUCAAGCCAGAGGAGACCCUAACAUUUAUUGGGACUAUCUAUCUUACUGUGCUUCAAGGCUCCAUUUCAUUGCUAGGAUCGACAAUUUCUGCAUCUCCCAUCGAACACCCCGUCUUCGCUUCAAAGGACUAUCCUACAGCCACCAUAGAAGCACUCGAAGCGGAUUCGGCACCAUUCGCUCCGCCUCCUGCUAAAAUCGCGGACGCUGUCUCCUCGGACCACAUCCUUAUAUCGAUUCAGGAUCUGAAUUCGGGGAUCGAAGGUCUCAUGAAGCUCUUUGACUCUCAUGCAUCAAUUUUUACUUCACGUAGCGACUUUGGGGACUGGGGUCUCCGAGAAUUUUUCCCGAUCCAAAGGCAGACUCCUCAACUGCGCACUUUCCAGGAGCCAUAUUCGUGGAAAGCUUCAUUGGAUAUUGCGCAUACAUAUCCUGAAAGCCCCCGGAUACUCAUUCAGGGACCAAAAGGGUCGGGUAAAAGUAUGUUGUCUCGAAUGCUCGUGAAUAGGCUCCUCUCUCGAUUCAAGCAAGUCGCAUAUCUUGAUUGUGACGUUGGCCAGACUGAGUUCACUCCAGAAGGCAUGGUAUCAUUACAUCUUCUGACUCAACCAGUAUUCGGUCCUCCCUUCUCACACCCUCGAGACCCGCUGCGGGCGCACUUCGUAGGAUCAACGUCUCCACGAUCUUCCCCCGACCAUUUUCUCGAAUGCAUCAUCGCUUUACUCGACGCCUAUCGGCUAGAUGUCCGCUACUCACUUCUCUCCGAAGACGAAGGUGAAUCACUAGACCAGAUUCCGCUCGUCAUCAACACGUUUGGGUGGAACAAAGGAAUUGGCGCAGAGCUGAUCUCACGCAUCGAGACUUCUGCGGAAUUGACCCAUGUCUUCGCCUUCGACUCGUCGACGAGCGAUCCAAUAUGGCAGCAGGAAGAAGCAGAACCACUGCUAAACGUCCAAUACGUGACACUGCAACCAGUAAAACCCAUUCGCACGCAACAUUACCAGAACCAGGCCGAUAAGCGCGCUCUUAUGAUGAUGUCUUACUUUCAUCAUUCAAAGAUUAUAACGGCAAGGGGUUCAUUUGAGCGAGAUACAUGGAAUACGGACUUGCCGCUCUGCGCGAUGCCACCUUGGGAGGUCAAAUGGUCUGAAGCGAUAGAUGCCAUCAUCCUCGUAGGCAGUGGGUCCGAGAGCGUCGAGCUACUAGAGAUAUUGCGCGUCCUCAACGGUGCUAUCGUAGCGAUGGUUGAGAGUUCUCGUAGCCAAGCUUCUGAAUCUUCGACAACUGGCACCGUUGCAUACGUUCAGGGGAGACCCCCGCCGUCGCCGCAACAUUCGCAUUGCGUAGGAUACGCGUUGAUACGUGGUGUACGAGCGUCGAGCGGAACCCUACACAUCCUCACCCCCGUCCCGAUAGAGCGACUCACAAAUGUUCGGGUUCUUGUUAUGGGAGAGAUUCAACUGCCAGUUAUCGGAAUGCUGGAUCAUCGAGCUGAAUCUAGGACUCUUGGCCAGGUUGCGGGCGUGGAGAUGGCGAAUGUCCCAUUCCUUCAUUGGCAUUCGACGAAGCGGGACGCGCAAGGUGCUAAGAAGCUGCGAGUGAGACGAAAUCUGAAACGGAAGAAUCAAAUGUAG